UUACUACAUAAGUAAAUACGUAAGUAAUCAAAAAUAAUAUUGAAUAAGAGAAAAUUAAAUAUAUUAUUUUCAAAAAUUGAAUUAAAAGUAUUUUAUUUCAUUUAACAAAACUUACUUUAUUUUAAAGUAAUUUUGAUUUAUUUCUAUUAUAUUUAGAUUUGAUUUAUAUAGAUAUCUGUUCUUUAUUUGUUAUUUAUUUAUUGUUUAUUAUUUAUUAAUAUUUAUUCAUAUUGAUUCAUAUUAAUUAUUAAUUGAUAUAAUUCAAAAUUAAAAUUACAUUAAAUAAUUACAAAAUUACCGAGAUUACUUACUAUGCUUUAAUUUGAAGAAUAGUAAGUAAUGAAUAUAUUUAACUGUAUUCAUGAUAUUCUAAUCAAUGGUUCUUUCUGGAUUGGUUUAUUUACAAAUACUGCCAAUGUAUGAUUUCGUUUGACAAUAAGAUCAUAUUCAAUAUUUAAGAUACAUAUUCAUUAUGUAUAAUAAACGCACGAAAAAAUUGUGAUAUCUAACUUUGAUAAUUCAUAUUUUAAAUUUCUAAGAUAGGAUUAGUACUUUGUAUUAAAAAUAAAUAAUGUCUGAGAAAAAUAUAAUUGAAUGGACACAAAAAGAUGUGACAAAGUGGCUUAGUGAAAGCGGACAUGAAAAAUUUGUUGAUUUAUUUUUUGAUCAGGAAAUUGAUGGAAAAGUGCUUUUGACUUUAAAAGAAGAUGAUUUAAAAUUAAUAUCCAUGAACAUAAAAAAAAUUGGUGAUAUAAAGAGAUUAUAUAUUAGUAUAAAACAAUUACAAAGAGCUAAUAUGGCAGUAUUGUUUGAAUUAGGAUAUGUUGAUAUAUUUCCUUCAUCAAAUUUUUUUAGUCAUCAUAAACAUGAAAUGCCUAGUAGUGGUAUAAAUAAUGAAGGUUCUAUUGAACAUGAAUUUUAUUCUGCAUCUAUGUCAGAAGAUGGUCAUGCAUCACAUUUACCUCCUGAAAUUUGGAAAGCUUUCAUUAGUUUGGCAUAUUUAUUUAUUGUUACAUGGAUUACUGCCUUUGUAAUGGUUAUUGUUCAUGAUAGAGUGCCUGAUAUGAAAAAAUAUCCUCCGUUACCUGAUAUAUUUUUAGAUAAUGUUCCACAUAUUCCUUGGGCAUUUGAUAUGUGUGAAGUUACUGGAACUAUACUUUUUGCAAUAUGGCUUAUUGUUUUAAUUUUUCACAAAUACAGAUUUAUUUUAUUACGAAGAUUUUUUGCUUUAUCUGGUACAGUCUUCCUGUUAAGAUGCGUUACAAUGCUCAUUACUUCCUUAUCAGUACCAGGUGCACAUUUACAAUGUCAACCACGGAAGGUUCCUGAAGAUUGGACAAAUUCUGCAUAUGUAGAAUUAUAUAAUAAGAUUGCUAUGGCAUAUGUUAUAUGGCGUGGUGCUGGUAUGUCAAUUCAAGGUGUUAGAACAUGUGGCGAUUAUAUGUUUAGUGGACAUACUGUUGCAUUAACUAUGUUAAAUUUUUUUAUUACAGAAUAUACACCAAGACAAUUGUAUUUCUUACAUACUUUUACAUGGAUGCUCAAUAUGUUUGGUAUAUUUUUUAUCUUAGCAGCACAUGAACAUUAUUCUAUUGAUGUUUUUGUAGCUUUCUACAUUACUUCUCGAUUGUUUCUUUAUUAUCAUACUCUAGCAAAUAAUCAGGCAUUAAUGCAACGCGAUUCAAAUAGAACUAGAAUUUGGUUUCCAUUAUUUAGUUUUUUUGAGUCUUCUGUUGAUGGUAUUGUUCCAAAUGAAUAUGAAUCUCCAUCUUUAAUUAUUUGUAAUCUCGUAUGUACAGGAAAAGACAUAUGGCAUUUAGUACGAUCUUCAAUUUGCUUCCGUAAAUCGUGGCGUAAUGUAAAUCAUGGCAGUGUAAAAAAUAGCACAAAAAAGGAACACUAGCCAAUUUAAUAAGAUAUUUUAGUUUUAUAUUUAUUUGAUAAUAGAUUUUUGAAAAUAUUAAUUUUGACAAUUCUCUUUAUAUUAUUUAAUGAAAUUAAUUAUAGUUAAUGUUCGAUAUGUUUGAUUUGUUUAAGUGUUUCCAAUUAUAAUAAUUUAUUUGAAUUAAUAUUUUCCAAAAAAAUCUAGUAAAAUGUUAUAUUUUUUGUAUAAUUCAUAUUGAGUUUUUUUUCAUUAUCUUUUCUUAAAUUUGACUUUAAAUAUAUUAUUAUUUUUUUCUUUUUACUAUUACUUAAAAGAUUUCAUUUUCUUUUUAAUAAAUAAAUAUAUUAUGAAAAUUAAAUAUUUGAGUGAAUUUUAUAAAUAACAAAAAUUUAAAAUUAAGUGAAUGUGAUUAUUAAUUGUUUUUAUUACUAUUUAUAUAUUUUUUUAAUAUAAAUCAAAUUCAUGAUUAUAUUUAAGAUACUUCAUUAUAAAUUUAAAUUUCAAAUAUGAAAGUCGUAAUAAUGAAUUUUAAAUAAAUUACAAAUAACAGUACUAAAAAUUGAUUUGAUACAAAAAUCUGUGUAUUUGUUUAAUCUAUAACUUUUGAUAUGUGUCUAUAGAGAAAUAAAAAAUGAAACAGUACAAUACUACAUAGAAACAUAAGUAUUGUAUAGACAUAUGAAUAGUUUUUGCACCUUUGAUUCAUAUAUUUUUUAUUAAAUAUAAGUAUAAGUGAAGAAAUUUUAUUCAAAGUAAUAAAGAACAAAUAUGCACGACCAAAAAACAAUAAAAAACAAAAAAUCAUAUGGCCAUGAUCAGACUAUUUGUUAAGUCUUUGUAGUAUGUAAAUGUAAGUACAUGUGUAAUAUUAUACAUGUGAUUGAAGUACAUCAAUUAUAAUAUUAUUCUUUAUGCAGUAAAUUAAAAUUGAGUACAUAUUAAACUUUUUGUGAAAUUUUAUCAAUAAGAAAUUAUAUAUAAAAUGAUCCACAAUAUUUAUAUUUGUUAAAAAUAGAGUGUAUUAUUAUUUAAAUUUUCAAAAGAAGUUUUUAAUGUUAUAAUAUCAAAGAAUAAUUAGCACAAAAAUAAGAAAAAAAUUAUAUAUAUUGAUAUUUGUAAAUAUUUGUAUAAUCAUUGUUAUAUUCUAUGACCAUUUUAUAUUAUGUUAUAUGAAAUUUUUUCGAUAUUGUUUUGUUAUAAAUACUUUUUAUAUACAUUUCUUUUUUAAUAAAUAAGUGCACAUUCGAUAAAUGUAAUAUUAUAUAAUAUGAUUACAAUAUAAUUACAAAUAUCUAAUUAAAACAAAGAUUUGUAAAUAUAAUAUUUAAAUUAUUUUUAAAAUUAAUAUCUAUUUAAAAGGUGCUAAUAUUAUCAUAAAUAAAAAUAUUAUAACAAUA